GGUAAAACGGAGUCGCCAUAACUUUUGCUCUCUGAUUCCGGAGUACGCUAGUUCGUUGCUGUAGUUCAAAGUAUGGCGGAGGGUCUCGAAAUAUUAUGAGAGAUAAAGGGCCGUAUUAUCUUUGAAAGGCUUUUUGAAGUUUACACACCCAUACGCGCGAGCUUCAGGGACGUGAGUCAUUUUACUGGAGGUAAAUCUGGAUCUCCUCACCUGCAACACGUACGUCACGUGUUCUGAAAACUGGAGUAACACACCGAGUUGUAAUAUCUGGUUCAAGGGACGCAGAUGCCUCCUCGAUGGAGAACCUGUAUCAACAAGCCCUUACACUGGUCAAGCCCUGUAGUCCAAGGGCUGUUUUUAUGCGUUUUAACUUUUGGAGUUAUAUUGCCUAUAUGUUGCCAUCGUUUACUGUACUCAUAUUAUUUUUUAAAGACCGUUUAUCUUGAUUCCUUGAGCGAUGCAGCACUACAGGAGAGCUACAACAGAGGCCAGGAAGCCCUGCGUUUCUGGGAGGGUGUGGAGUUCUCAGAAAGAGACCCGGUUGCUAAGAAACCAGAUCUCUUGGUCACUGUUGUGACAGCCAGGAGAAGCGAGGGGAGGGACUAUCACUACCUGCUACAGGUGACUCACCGGCUAAUGUCUCUCCUUAAAACGUGUGGUGAUAAAUCAUGCGCCGAGGUCAUAAUCUGUGAUGUCGAAAGCGGUCCUGUAAACGAGGAAGUCUUGCUUGUGGAAAAACAGUUCCGGGUUGUUCGACGUUCUCCAGGUGAGAAACACAAGAGCGGAGAAGUGCUCAGCGUCUUCGAGAGGGAGAAAAGAGACUAUGUUUUUUGUCUGCGAAAAGGAUGGGAGGCUAUGAGGCCAAAAAACAUUGUUAUCCUGGAAGAUGAUGCUCUGCCAAUGGCAGAUUUCUUUCCGUUGGUUAAAAACUUGCUCUUAAGGAAGUUUGCCCUCAGCACUUUGUACAUAAAGCUCUUCCAUCCGGAACGUCUGCAGGGGUAUUGGAAUCCAGAGGUGUAUCGGAUUCUGGAAUGGCUGGGAUUGGGCCUGUUUGUUGCUACAAUCCUUCUCAUCAUAUUGUCACACUAUACACCUCUGUCUUUUACCCUCUCUCCUCCUCAUCUUGUUUUCAUGACUCUUUAUGUAAUGGCUGUGGUUGAGCUGGCAGGGAGACACUACCUUCUGGAGUUUAGGCGCCUCUCGCCCCAGCUGUAUGCUGUGUCACCUGCUACUGAAUGCUGCACCCCUGCUAUGCUCUUUCCAGGCAAUGCAUCAGUUCGAGCAGCAGAGUACCUGGACCAGGUUGUCUGCUCUCAGGGUAAUGCCAAAGAUAUGGUGCUGUGGAAGAUAGCUAGAUCGACACCAGGAGAGAGGGCACAUAGUGUUGAACCCAAUUCCAUAAAGCAUAUUGGAGCUUAUUCCUCCAUCCGGAGCAACCCACCUCGACCUAGAUUGAUUUGAUACCUAUUUUUACAAGUGUGAAAGACAUUUUAGGCACUAGUUUUUGCACAUGCAUAUACCUGUAGCACAGAAUAUAUCUGAUGCUCUGACUUUCAUAUACUUUUUCAUUUGGAUACGAAGAUUUAACAGAAACAUGUUUGUAUUCUAUUUGAAUUUUGUUAAAGAACUUUGUAUCAUUGAGAAAAUGUUGUUAUGAUUAUUAUUUACAAUUUGCUGGAAUAACAAUCACCUUCAAUUGUGAAUUUCACUCGCACUAUACAAUAAUUUAUUUUUUAGUACAUGAUCGUGCAAACCUGUGAUUUAAGAUUACAAAUGAUUUUAAGGCGUGAAACCUCUUCCUGCUGAUUUUCUAUGGACCAUUUGCAUCUAGACCACAGUUAAAAUAUCACAUUUGGAAUGCAUACAAAAUAUAGAAUAAUCAGGAAACUAGUUGGGUUAUGAAAAUGAUUCUUUGCACAGGCACAUACACUAUGAUUUUAAUAUAAAUUACAAAAUACAUUUUGAAAUUUUAGCCAAUCCAUAUAUAUGUGAUUAUCAACAUAAAUAAAUUGGUUUUAUUAAAGGCUCAAGUCUAUGGAGUUUAUAGAAAUCAUAUUUGUUGUCCUUUUGGCUGUAAAACAGUCGCAUCUAAGUGUUGUAUGGCUGUCUGCUCCUCUUUGGUAAUGUGCUUUUUGAGAAAAUGACUGAACGGAGAGACUGAUUUUGUGAUGAAGUUAAAAAGUGCUGUACAUCAUCAUUAAUAAGUGCAGGGCUCGACAGUGCGAGCAUUUCACUCGCAUUUGCGACUAAAAAUAGAUGUGUGCGAACUGGAAAAUGUAUUUAGUUGCACGUGUGCGAAUGAUUUUUUCUAUGAAAAGCAGAUAAAAUGCCAAUAACGCGGUCUCAG